CUUGUGGGGCUGUCGUGCGCCACUUGGCUCCAAGCCCAUAAAAAGCUUCACCAGGCGCGAAACCCCUCUCCCGUUCAAACCCCACCACCAAUUUCAGGAAAAUCCGGGUCAGAAAAGCACAUAGCUGCCAUAUCUCAAAAAAAGAGCGCACAGGUUCUCUCUCCGUGAGGAGGAUCUAGGCGAGGUCUACUUUCUCCUAGUUUGUUUCCUUUUUCCUGGUCAAAUCGUUCACCAUGAGCGACUCCAACGCCAGCGAGGCGGAGAAGAACAUCGAGAUUUGGAAGGUGAAGAAGUUGAUCAAGCGGCUUGAGGCCGCUCGUGGAAAUGGCACCAGCAUGAUUUCCCUGAUUAUCCCGCCGAAGGACCAGGUCUCUCGCGCGGCAAAGAUGCUGGCUGAAGAAUACGGUACCGCGUCCAACAUCAAGUCGCGUGUCAACCGUCAAUCCGUCCUUUCAGCCAUUACCUCGACCCAGCAGCGCCUCAAGCUGUACAACAAGGUCCCGCCCAACGGCCUGGUCGUCUACUGCGGUGAAAUCUUGACGUCAGAAGGCAAGGAACGCAAGGUCAACAUUGACUUCGAGCCGUUCAAGCCCAUCAACACGUCGCUCUACCUCUGUGACAACAAGUUCCACACCGAAGCCCUCGCCGAGCUGCUCGAGUCGGACCAGAAGUUUGGUUUCAUCGUCAUGGACGGUAACGGGGCGCUGUUCGGCACGCUCAGCGGCAACACGCGCGACGUGGUCCAGAAGUUCUCGGUCGAUCUUCCAAAGAAGCACGGCCGCGGUGGCCAAUCGGCGCUGCGUUUCGCGCGUCUGAGAGAGGAGAAGCGGCACAACUACGUCCGCAAGGUGGCCGAGCUGGCGGUGCAGAACUUCAUCACCAACGACAAGGUUAACGUUGCUGGCAUCGUCCUGGCCGGUUCCGCCGACUUCAAGAACGAUCUGAACGCGUCCGACAUGUUCGACCAGCGGCUGCAGGCCAAGGUCAUCAAGGUCGUCGACGUGUCAUACGGCGGCGAGAACGGCUUCAACCAGGCGAUUGAGCUGGCGUCCGAGACGCUGGGCAACGUCAAGUUCAUCCAGGAGAAGAAGCUGAUCGGCAAGUACUUUGAGGAGAUCAGCCAGGACACGGGCCGCGUCUGCUACGGCGUCGACGACACGCUCAAGGCGCUGGAGCUGGGCGCGGUCGAGACGCUCAUCGUGUUUGAGAACCUCGAGGUGACGCGCUGGACGCUGAAGGACAGCAACGGCAACGAGGUGAUCCUGCACACGACCAAGCAGCAGGAGCAGGGCAACCGCGACAAGUUCAUGGACAAGGAGACGGGCCAGGAGAUGGAGGUGGCGGCGCAGGAGUCCUUCCUGGAGUGGAUCGCCGAGCACUACAAGGAUUUCGGCACGACGCUCGAGUUCGUCUCGGACCGGUCGACCGAGGGCAACCAGUUCGUCAAGGGCUUCGGCGGCAUUGGCGGCAUCCUCCGGUACAAGGUCAACUUCGAGCAGCUGGCCGACGUGGACGAAGACGACGACGACUACUACGACGAUUGACAGUUUGAUUCCCUCGUUGACCACGAGGGACUCGUUACCGAAGCCAUCACGUCCGAGCUGACGACACCGCAUGCCGACCAGGCGGCCGCCGCGCCGCCGCGAAGCCCCGCGAAGCUCCCGCCCGCGCAGCGGCGGCUGAUGAAGGGCUUCGCGGAAAGGCCGAG